AUGCACUGGUCUGGUUCAGCAAAGGAGAAAUGCCUGGGGACCCGUGGGCAGAUGUCCCUUGAAGGUGCAGGCAGGUCACAUUUAAGCUGCAAUGCAAGGACCUACCUUCCGAUGAAGUCCACAGAGCGCCAUCAAACCCACCCUCCAAGCCAGGAAGGCCAACUCCUUGCCAGUGCUUCUGCAAACAGGCGCAAGGAGCUCGGAGAGUCCCCCAGGUCAACAAUGAACAAUAUGACUGCCUCCCCCGGUCUCACUUUCCUCCUGAUGGGGUUCCCUGGACUGGAGUCUGCCCCCUACUGGCUGGCCCUCCCAGUCUGCACCACCUACUUGUUGUCCACGUUGGGGAACGGGGCAGUCCUCCUGGUUGUCCUCACAGAGAAGAGCCUCCGUUCCCCCAUGUACCUCUUCCUCUGCAUGCUGGCCUUCUGCGACCUGGGCUUGUCCACCGCCCUCCUGCCGACGAUGCUGCGGGUCUUCCUGUUUGGAGCCGAGGAGGUCACCGAGGACGCUUGUUUCUCCCAGCUCUUCUUCAUCCACUCCUUCUCCAUCAUGGAAUCGUCAGUGCUCCUGGCCAUGGCUUUUGACCGCUUUGUGGCUAUUUGCAACCCCCUGAGAUACGCCUCCAUCUUGACGAGCUCCAGGGUGGCCUAUUUUGGCCUGGGUAUCGCCGUCCGGGGCGUGGCCUUGCACAUGCCCAUCCCCUUCCUUCUCAAGAGACUGACCUACUGCCGGGGAAACGUCCUUUCCCACUCGUACUGCCUCCAUCCAGAUGUCAUGAAGCUGGCCUGCCGCACGUCCAGCAGGGACGGCGUCUAUGGCCUCUUUGUGGUCUUCUCCACCAUGGGCCUGGACCCGGUGCUCAUCAUCUUGUCCUACGUCUGGAUCCUGAAGGCCGUCCUGGGCAUCGCCUCCCUGGAGGGGCGCCGCAAAGCCCUCGGCACCUGUGCCGGCCACAUCUCGGUGGUCCUGCUCUUCUACACCCCCAUGCUGGCCUUGUCUUUAAUCAGCAAACUCGCGGCCCGUUCCCCUCCCCUGCUCCACGUCCUGCUGUCCUACCUGCACUUCCUGGCCCCUCCCUUGCUGAACCCGGUGCUGUACUGCGUCAAGAUGAAGGAAGUGCGCAAGAGGAUUGCUAGGAAGCUCCUCUGGACCCGAAGGGUCAGCUCAGAUCAAGGUGACGCGGCCAAGGAGCAAGAGAGGCAACAAAACUACGAGGCAACAAAACUAACCAGCCUCUUUUUCCUGCUGGUGCCGAUGCCUCGGGGUCUGCCUGGCCUAGGUCUGGCCCUCAGGUGGAGACGGCGGGGUGCAGCUGCGGGGGGCAUGGGGGGCCUGGCCCGGCUGCCUCCAGCUCGCCAAAGGAGGGACGAGCUCACCCUGCGCCCCAGGCAG